UCACCAGCCUCCUGCCCAGGGGCACUGCCCCGGCUCGAUCCUGCCAGUGUAGGUGGCAGUGAGAAGCUGGGGCCUACUCCCCAGAGCCUUUGGAGCAGAUCUCGGACCUUUGGAGCUCUAUGUCGCUGGCCCCCCAGAACCCUGAACAUGGCAGAUGGGGUGCAGGCCAACCCCAAAGGGUUCAGAAAGACGGUGCUGGUUAGACACCCCUCUGGGUGGAGGGGCCCUGAUCUUAGGGCCUCUUCUUCAAGGACCUCCAGAUCUAGCCUGGCUUUGAAGUUCUUCACCAUCACCAUCCUGGCCGGCAGCAUCCUGCCCGCAGCGCACAGCAGCCUGUUCAACCUGAAGACCAUGGUGGAAGCCAUCACGGGGAAAAAUGCCAUCCUGUCCUUCGUGGGCUACGGCUGCUACUGCGGGCUGGGGGGGCGUGGCCUGCCCAUGGAUGAAGUAGACUGGUGCUGCCAUGCCCAUGACUGCUGCUACCAGAAGCUCUUUGACCAGGGCUGCCACACCUACGUGGACCAUUAUGAGUACAGCAUCGAGAAUAAUACUACGAUUGUCUGCAGAGAUCGCAACCAGACAGACUGCGACAGGCAGACCUGCGAGUGCGACAAGAGCGUGGCUCUGUGCUUCCAGAGGCAGACCUACAAUGAGAAGCAUCGCAACUACCUCAACAUCUACUGCCAGGGCACCACCCCCAACUGCAGCAUCUACGAGCGGCCCAAGAAGGAGACCUGUAGCCCCGCCUCCUCGCCACCCCCUGCACUGCCCUAGUGCCCUCUGGGGGCUGACAGAGAAGAAGGGUGGCGGUUCCUGCUCUGGGGACCAGGCACAUGGAGCAGGCAGAGGUGGGGGUGGACCUGGAGCCUACGGGCUACCCUGCCACCUUCUCCCUGGAGCCCUCCAGCAAGGCUGGUCCCCAGAGGACUCAGGAAGGCCUGGGCCCUGACUGUGGCCACCGGGGUCCUCCAGCCCAGGACUGGGCAUGUCCGUGUCCUGCUGUUGGUCCUGGACUUGGCAGGGAACGUGUGGCUUGUUGGGGUCACUCCUGAGUGUGGAAGACGAGACCUGAGAGAGAGGCCCCAGGCCCCCAGGUCUCUGACAAACACAGGAGAAGGCAGGGCCCAGCCCUCAGCCUCUCCCCCUGCACCUCCCCUCAUGCAGCAGCCAGGCCAGUGGGUGGAAAGACCUUAGGCCUGGGGAGGAAAGGCUGAGGGCUGGGACCCCCCUGGGUGAAAGGGGAAACAAAGGCCCAGGCAGGAAGCUGGGCAGAAGAUUCAGGGAGGCCGGGAGGGAGCAGCCUGGGGAGGAGGAAAGGGUGGGGAGAAGGGGAGAGAGGGGUGAGGGUCAGAUGUCUAGACCAGAGGUGUGGAGCUGGGUUGAAGAGUCUGAAGGUGGAGAGGAGGAGUGAGGGUCACAUUUUUUGAGGAAGGGGCUCCUGCAAUCCAGAGGUUCUCUCCUUCCUUACGAGUCCUUUCAGCUUAGUGAGAUCUUUUAUGCUAAGGUUUGUGGACGGGGCUGCACUUGCUUUACAUUGGUCUAGGAGCUGCCUUUGCCGA